AUGGGGCCCUUGACGGGCACAGCUAGUUUCCCUGCCGAGCCGCAAGGGAUGUCCAUUCAAUCAUCAAUGGAGCCUCCGGCACCUCUUUCCAUGGUAACCAAUGAUUCAGAACACCCACCGGUUCGGUCCCAGUACACCUAUAUGCAGACGACGACUGCCCCCCCGCAAUUAUCUAUACAGACAACUCCGCUUGGAGGCCAUGAGCAGGCGAUGAACAUCCCUCGUUAUGUCGAUAACCCGAGACCCUUGAAAAGCCCCCGGCAUAUGAGUCACCCUUCGAUAAGGAGUUCAGGCUCCGUAGCGAACAACGAACCAUCUCCAGAAUACCGAUACACCCCUUAUGCUCCUGUGCACGCAAGUCCCAGCGAAGUUGCUCAACCAAGCUACCACCCAGAGACAUCUGGACCACCCUCGGUGCCUUCAAGGGACUACUAUGCGCCUCCGCAUACCUGGACGUCGGCAGCCGGAGAGCAUAACACAAAUUUGGCAUAUGCCAACAACGAAACUCGACCAUACCCCUUCCCCCAAGACGAGUAUAAGAAUACAACGACCGGAGCAUCGCCCACGAAGGCAGAGCCGAGCCAACAACACCCUACAUCAGUCUAUAAUGGAACCACAAGAGGCUCUUUUGACACCAUGCAUCAAUAUUCUUGGAAUGGCAACUAG